AUGAUAAACACAUGCAUUCGAUUUCGAUUUUUUAAAUUUUCAAAUUAUUCAUUUUUGAAUUUUCAUUGUUCUUUCUCGCGUCCAUCAAUGAUUGUACGAUGUUUUCAUCGAAGAUUAUUGUAUCCACCAUCAUGGAAAUCGUCGUUCAUUUUGAUGAUUGGCCGAUAUAAACAUUACGGAAAACCAACAAGUUGGUCCAAAUAUUUUGAGACACUCGAAAAGAAUAUCUUUACCAAUCGAAUCAGUCAGCAAAGACCUAGCAAUAUGAAAUUCAUUCAAUAUGAAAACAUAUUCGCUUAUCAUGUGAUAAAAUUAUCGAUACCUUUUGCUGAUCAUGACCAUAAUAAUGAUAUCUCGACGUUUAAAUGUGAUUUGAACCGUUUUUUCAGUUCGGACGAAAAUGGUGUUGAUGAUAUUAACGCAAAAAUUUUGGCACUGAACAUUGAACAAAUAAUCAAUCUGAUGAAAUCGUUGUACCAUAAUCUGCCUGUGUUCACAAAAGAAGAUGAAUGGAAUAAGGCCUUUCUCGAUUCGCCAUUCAGUCGUAUUUGGCAACAUUUAGAUUCAUUAUUAACCAAUCGAAUCGAACAAGAUUGGUCUGCGAACAAAUCCAAAUAUAUGCUCAUCUCGAGUCUCUGGUUUGAACUUGGUCUCGGACAAAAUGUUUGUUUUAAUAAAAGUUUGAUGAAGAAAUUAUUAGCCGAACAGCAAUUGGAUAAAUCGAUGGUCUUAUAUCUGAUGUUUCAGGCAAAUUUGGCAAGAAAUUCAAUCACUGCCUUGCAAAGACGUACGAUGAUUGAAAAGAUUCAUUUAUUUCUAAACGAAAACAACGAAUUGACGGUAGAUGAACUAUCAUUAAUUGGAGUGGGUUUUUUCAAAACUCAAACACGAAUGCCUUUAGAAUUACUUCGUAGCUAUAUUGAAUCAUGUACUGAACAAUUAUUACAAUUUUAUCCAAUACGUUCGACAAUAUCGAUUGUAUCCAUAUUGAAAAUUAUACGUUUUUCUCUUGAAACAAUCGAAUUUAAUCGACAAAAAUUACGAACACAAUUGAACCGUUUUGUCGAAAUAUUGGGUAAUCAUCCAUCGAAUUUUUUUGAUUCGGAAAUAUGUUUAACCCAUCUAAUACUAAUGCUCAAUUCGAUAUUGAUAAUUGAUAGAAAAUUAUUUCGUCAAAUAUUUGCCAGAAUGAUGGCUAAUCUUUCUAUAUUUCGUAUCAAAGAUAUUGAACGGAUACUAUUCUGUUUGGCUAAUGUACGAUUCCAAUGUCCGGUUGGACAAUUACGACGUUUAGAACAAUAUCUAUGCAACAAUGAUGAGAGUCGUUUAUAUCCCAAUUGUACGUACAAUAUUCUCCUUUCACUGUUUAUGAUGGGUUAUGAACCGAAACAAUUGCUUGGCCGGUGUGUCAAUCAACAACAAAUUCAAGAUUCAAUUGCGUCAUCAAAAAUGAUUCUUAGUACUCAAUUGCUAACAUUAGAUAGCAUAAUGAGACUACGAAAUCGCAAACCAUUAUUGGAUGAAAAACAAAUUGAACAAUUUCAAUCAUCAUUAGCCUAUUUAUUCGAUAAUCUUCACACACAAAAAGGUCGUUUCAUUCAAUUCAUUUAUGAAUCACUUCGCCAACAACAAUGCGAUGGUCGAAACGUACAGCUAAUGUAUCUAUUACCAUUCAUUACAUAUCCAUUCCCGGUCAUUUUGAACAAAUCAAAUUUCAUUUCAAAAUUGAAUGAUGAUCGAACAUUUUGUCCGUUUGUCGAUAGCAUACCAUAUCGAGCUGAUUAUUUGAAGCGAAAAUUUUUCCACGGUAGUUAUGCCAUUCUACCAUUGAUGGAAAAAGAUUAUACGGUUGGAUCAUCAUUACGUGGAACGAUACAUUUAAAUAAAUCGUUGCUCGAAGAUCUUGGAUUUCGUAUCAUACCAGUUGAACAUCGUGAAUUUCGUCAAUAUUUCAUCCAUCAUGAUGAUGAUGAAAAUAAUACAAUAUAUUCAAAUGCAAAAAUACAAUCGCUUUCGCUUUUAUUAUUUAAAGUGCAAAAAUUUAUUCAAAGUAAAAAAGGUUAAUAAACAUAACAUAAUCAUCAAA